AGAGGCGAAAAGAUUACUAUCCCUCCUGGUCCCAUCUCCCCUUCCCCGGUUAUUGUUGACCUUUGACCUUCUCAUUAUUCCGAACUGUUAGCAAUUUCUGUAUUACGUUUCCUCUACGUGAAUCUUCAGUGUAGAAGAACUACUACUUGUUGAUCUGGCAGCUUUUGCAAUUAUCUACAUCAUGAUCUGCGUCGUUGAUAUUAUUCAAUCAUGGAUGAAGAGAGACCAAGAAUAACGAGAACGAACAAGAAGAUGAAAGGCCCAGUUUCUACCUCCGUGCUUCUGCUGGUUUCCCGGCUACUUCACCUCUGUUGGAGCCUUAUCGAAGACCACAAUGUUGUCGCGACGACGCAAGUUCAGCAGAGAAGAACAGGACAAGAACAUGGGAUGGAGAUCGAGAUGCGUUUUGUGCCCAGUCAACGUCACCAUAGGGCUGAUCGAAAAUCUCCUGGUGCGACGAAGAGUCUCCAUAGGACGAAGCGGGCAACGAAAAAAUCAGCAUCGUCAGCAAUACAGCUUGACGAUGAUGACCACGACCAGAGAGAACAUCUUCGUCAGAGUGAAAUCUUCGGAGUACAACAAGUAGGAGUUGAUCUCCACCAACAUGGUGCAGCACAAGGUCGCGGCGCAGAUGGGGAGCAUGAUUUGCAGUUGCGCAUCAGGGGCCAAGAAUUUCAUCUAGAACUUGACGUCGAAGGACCGUGGUCACAACAUUCGUCUCUCGUUUCCAUCAGAACCGAAAAUGGAGAAAAAGCGACGAAAACAACGCCUUGGCCUGCCCUUCUUCAACAGGAAAAGAAGGAGAAACGAAAGGUACUAGCGGCAGCAAAAAGUGCAACUAGUACUAAAACUACUUCUACUGCGUCUGCAUCAACUUCUGCGAUAACUGAGACAACAACUAAUAGUACGACUAAAAAAAGCGUGGAUGGGGAUGAGGAUGAUGCUAGAGGUGGGGCAGCAUUUUUGCAGGAAGACGAGGCAGAGCAUGCUUCCUCGGAUCGUGUCACCUACUUGUCGGAUUUCUUGUUUUUCCGUAGUCCGACCGCUGGCCAUGCAAUCGUGCGCCGGGAUAAUCAUAUUCUUACAACUAGCCGCCAAGAAGAAGGCAAUCAGAAAGAACGAUCAGUGUCUGGGCAACUUGUGGCUGCGAUGCUCUUGCACGACACUAUGCCUCAAGAGGUGACGGGUGGCGUGAUGGAUGAGCUACGCGGUUCUAAGAAACACAGAGGAGUAGAUGGAGCGCGUAGUCAGGAAAAGCAUGCCGCCCUAUUAUAUCCUCGUUUUCGAGCCAGGACUGCAAGUAGUCGCCCCAGUGGCUUUCUGCACAUCACUGGCGAAGCUUCGCUAAAAUUACCAGUAUUAGCACCGUCAUCUACUACAACUACAACACAAACAUCUCCUUCGACAUUCAAUGCUACCUCAUCGAACAGUUUGAUACAAAGAGGAAAAGGAGAUAAUCAUGCAAGUGCAAAUGCUGGGAUGAACGCAAGAAACACGUCGGCCUCGUUCUUCCAGUUGGCAGAGGUGCAUGCUGACACUCAACACGAAGAGCACAUGCACGAAGGGCUUCUAUUUGCAACAGAUACAAGUUGGAUGCCAUCACAUCAAGACGAGUCUGUUCUUUCGUCGCGAGCACGUCCUGCGUCGCUUGUCGAGGGUGUGGGCAACGAAGGGGGUUGGACACGGACACCAGUGCAGGCUCAACGGUUUCUUUUCAGUACGAUCGAGGCGCAAGUACGAAAGAAGCUACAGGUUGUUGACCAAAAACAUCCACCUUCGGCACUCCAGUCACACAAGGAAGAUACCACGAGCGACAAGAAAUCAUCGAAGUCCUCGCCAGCGUUCGUGGAAAUGAAGCCGCAACUUCAAAAGGGGGCAAAGAAACGGUUGUUGCGAGAAGAGCCAGGAGGUAGGGCGGGACAGGCACCACAGUCGAAGCGUUCUCUGACGCCCCGCCAUCAGGACUCACAGGUAGCUGAUGAAAUUGAAAACGCGAAUCAUGAUUCAGAUCUACCACAGGCACAAUCAUCGCAGAGCACUAGCACUACAGAAGGCUCGGAUGAUGGAAAGCUUUCUUCAAUGUGUAAGGCGUAGAUCCUGGCUCUUUUUUGGUUUUGGUAUGAUCCAGGGGUCGACUAGAAGGCGAAGGCGAACGCUGACCAACAUCAUGUUGUAGCUCUCUUGUUAUGUCAUUCGCUUUCAUGAUCACUGAGAUUUACAUCGGCAUGCAUCUGCUAGUAUCAAUGAAAAUCAAAAUGAAUACAUCCUGAUGAAAUUCGAACUUUAUUCUUCUCUAACCUGUUUCUGAAGAAAGUAACGACUUCCGAUGGCGGAGAGAUGUGGCUGGACACGGUUGAGGGACUGCAUAAUGGCUUCGGGAGGCCAGGAUUGCCUAGCGCCGAAUCAGGCCUUGGAGGCUUCACUUCCCCCAUCUCGUAUCAAGAAGCAGAAUCCUUGCAUGGUGGAGGAGAAUGCUAUUGUUAAGGCCAGCACGGGGUUAUUUUCUUGAUGCUCUACGAUGUUGUUGAAGUAAGUAACUUUUUUUGUAAGUACUAUGUUAUAGUUUCCAAGUACUUCUAUCCAAGUAAUAUAAGGCUCAAUGAUCCUUAACACGAACUGUGCUCCUCCUCUUUCAGUAUGUUGGUAUCUUUUUGAAGUUGAAAAGAACUCAGUAGAAGAAGUGAGUGUCAUGCGGCAUGCACUACGUGGAUUUUUCCCAACUUCUACAACAUUCCGAGUUUUUACUUGCGCUAAUGUCAGGGUGACGACCAUAUGCAUGAGAUGUACAUCGACCUUGUGGCGAACCGUGGGAUGCUCAAGUAUGUAGGGCAAGGAGAAACCGCGCAGGUACACAAAGAGAUGGGCGUUGCACUUUUUCAGUCAAGUUUCGUCUACGAGCACCAGUACAACGUGAUGCUUCGAGUGGGCAGAAGCAUCAUUUUCGCAGAUCCAGACGUGACCGACGAUGCGAUGGAAAGCUGCCCAAAGAGCGUGGGCAGUGAUCUUGCUGGAAACUGGGUGCACAAGCAGCUGAUGGCCCUCGCCCAUUCUCCGGACGCGCUACAACUCUAUCCGCAGUACAUAAACAGCGACGUGAGCGCCUCUGCCACGCACUACAUCACAUACUGUCCCGAGUAUUCCAACUUGCUUGGCCUGGCCUGGAAAGGAGCGGCUUGCGGUUUGAAGCCGGGAGAAAGUCCAGAUCUGGGGAUCAAUCAAUACACGGGCGGCACGACGUGGCAUACGCUGGCGCACGAGUUGGGCCACAACUUGGGCGCAGAUCACCCUGUAGACUCCGCAACGAUUAAGGCGGUCACCGCUAAUCCAUCUUUAUUCUUAUUCAUUGUCUGAGUAGUGCUUAAGAGAACAUAAACAGCUACUUUUACGUCCUUCAUCACUAUCUAUACCAUAGGGAUCCCUCAGCCGUAUGAUAACGGGCAUACUAUCUCAUGAAGGUGGAUCUCCACCGUUGUUGAUGAAUUUGGGCUACUACUAUCUCUAACGCGAAGUACGGCGUGGCCAAAGAAAAUGCCGGAAUUAUGGGGUACGGCGACUCGCGCUAUGAAGGCAUUUACCAGUUCAAAGAUCCAAACCGAGGCCUCAUGUGCGCACAUUUCAACUCGCUAGCUACUGGAAGACCGGGCACAAGGCAGAGAAAAUGCUUACCGUUAAGGCAGGCAUGGCAAUAUUUAUUUGAUGAAGGAAGCACUAAGAUGAAUGAACGAGCAUGUAGUUUUCCUCGCCAGUCCUUCUCAUGCAUUAUAUAUUUACUCGACAACAAAGUAGAUAUAAUUUUUUCAUCUCUCUGAAAAACAUUUGCAUAUCUUUAUCUAAUAUCGGAGCGAGAUGUGCCUUCGGACCGACAAUGCGACAGACUCAGCUAUCAAUGCGGCAAACACGCACAUUGUAAUCCCUACACCAAGACAUGUGAACUCGGGAUUCCUAUGACGCCGCUGAAGUGCACAGGGCUCGGCACAACCUGUAAGACAAGAACAUUGACCUCUGAUAAGCACUGUUGAUUUGGAGUCUCAGUCAUUUGCACUUACUUACAUCUUCUGACACCGAUAGAUGAUGAAAAACAUUCGCAUGACUUGUGUUUCUAGUAUACUCUCGCAGCGGAAAAUCUUCAGUAGGUUGCGCUGGGUGAAUCCUGGCCAUCUAGACUAGAGAGCACCACGAAAGGAGCCGGCGUCCUUGGUGGUCGAUUCCUCAGCCUCUCUGCUCUUCCUCGCUAUUGCUGGCACCGGAGUGCUCCGCAUAGCAUGGGGGCGACUCGUGCCCGGUGUGUGCUUGCUUGUAGCGACAGCGACCCCCCUCGCCAUAGGCGCGUCGCAGGCCCGCUCCAGUUUCGCGUGUCUUGGGCGCUCGGGUGCGGUUCCCGCGGCUGGGUCCGCGGUGGAGGAGCGUGCCGCGCUGCGGGGUCGUGGUUUUGCUUCCUUGAUUAGUGGUCGCAUUUGUGGGAUUGGCAAUCCCAUCGCGAGCGCUUUUGCGCCUGUCCUUUUUAUGGAGCAGCGGUUUGGCGGGAGCUGCAGCCGCAGACAUUCGCCAGUCUGAGGACUCAAAAAGGCUGUCGUCUGCGUCAGACGCCAGGAUCCUCGGAUGUCUCAGAAUUUCUGAGACCUCCUGGAAGCCUGAGGUCUGCGCCACACUUGAGGGUGUCUCUCUGUCCGGGGACAGAAUCAGUCUGGUGCACGCGGUCGGUUCCCGGACCGGAAAAAGCCCUGGCGUCCGCGUCAGACGCCCGACUUUUGCCAAGUCUCAGAAGUGAGGCCUUCGAAAUAACCGAAAGUCCUGGCGUCUGACGCAGACCUCAGCUUUUUCAGAGUUCCCGGGGCGCGAUAAAACUGCGACUACGCACUGCGGCCCUCGUUAUGACGCUUUCUGCAGCUUCUUCUAUAGGCCGUUGGACGCGUCGGGGGGCGCUGCGCCCGUGCUAUUGGCUCUGGGGUGCAGCUAGCAGGCUCGCAUGGCAGUUCUUCGACUUCGGGCCCUCGGGAAUGCGUGGCAGUGCUUUCUCGUUGGAUGCAAAGGUAGCGGAGGGGCUUGCCGCUGCCUAGAUGGCAGGCGUGUCUGUCUUACUUGUUGUGGGUGUGGCCAGGGGUCCGCUGAAAUUUUGCCGAUCGCGGAAUCACUCGCGUGUCUAACUUUGGAGAUUUCUUCGUGUCGGAGUCUUUACCUCUCCGGGGGUCCGUUUUGCUUGGUGGGCCCUCCUCGAGCUGCGGGCUCGCGGCACUCUGCGCCUACCGUUGUAACUAGCUUACUUGCUACAGUCUCCUUGAUUCAAGAUUUUUCGCCGAAAUUGCAUGCGUGUCCCAAAGUCAUGAAACAUGUGAUCGGAGAUCAUGUGCAGUCUGUUGGUUCUACUUUCCCUUUUUCUCUUGUUCAUCUUCUGCGUUGACGGCGAGACGAACUUCGACAGGGUGUGUGACGGCGACUGGAACAGCUACUACCACAGCGAUUGCAGCUACCCUCAGACACUGUUUUUUGAUCUAGGAGCCGCGCGGAGCGUCCACUGGUUCGACAUGUUCGGUGUGUUGACGGACCACUUCCCGCGCCGCUGGGUCUUAACCGGGUGCGAGCACGAAAUCGGUGGAGAGAAAGACCAAAAAGAAGAUUGCGACGUGGACAAGGAAGAAACCCUCGCAGAUCACACAGGGGAAGGCGAUUAUUUGGAGAGCAUAUCGCAUAACUACUACUACCGCGAUUACCGUUCGACACUGGGAGCACCGCAAUCUUUCGCUCUUAAUCCCAGCGCAAAGAAGUUUCGCUACUUCAAACUCAAGAUUCUGGACUCGAACGUGGUGACCGACAUGGCCAAGGACGCUGACAAGUACAAUGAGCCUCUCUUGAAGUAUCGCGCAUGCUCCGGAACUUCGGCUGUUCCCUCGACUGACUCACAAGGUCGGAAAGACUGCAUUUAAGGCACCCCAGGACAAAGAUUCGUAGUCAUAAAAGCAUAAGUGGAAGGGUUUUCUCAUUUUCAAGACUCGUCUUCCUUUAGGCUGUGUUGUCAUGACUCUUCCCUGUUGCUCUUGAUUCAAAGUAGCUGGUCAUCAUAGUUUUUCGAAUUACCUGAUAUGGGGACUCUCGCCAACAUGAAGAUUGUUCGAAAAUCUAAUCCAUUGCCCUCAACGCUAUUCGGUUCCGCAGCCUCGAUUUCGCACACGAUUCUGAAGGUUCUACACCAGACGCUCUGAGUAGCCCUUCGCGGAGCGCUGCGAUGGCAGUUCCUGUCGCAGGUGGUUCGGCUGGUGGUGCUCCCAAGGAUCCGUCAUUGGGGACGCUGGCGACAACAAGGGUCACAAUGAAAACGGACGGAAGCGAGCGCGAUGUCACUUAAGAAAACUACAGGAUUAAUUUCAAUUGUUCAUCGUAAUUUUUUUUUCACUGUAGAAGUACAUUACUGAGGAUUACUUCUAAUGGGCGUUGUAGUUGUACUAAAAAAAUCCAUAUGAUUCGCUAAUCAACGCUGCAUACCAUCUCGGCGCAGACGACGAGCGAGAAACUUCAGGCGAAACUGCUCGCGACUACUUCACCAAUCUGUGAAGUAGGUGAGUGGACCCAAUGGUCUGCCUGCUCCAGCAUCAAUUGCGGAGGCGUCCAGACACGAAUGCGAGAAACACUAGCGACCGGCAACCUAGACAAUCCUUGCCUCGAAGUACGACUCACCGUGGAAAGAAUGGUACUAGCUUAUAUUUUUGCUUCGGCAAUGACAGACUAUGACACUUCUCUUCGUGAAGCAUUCCCUAGGAUUCUUAACGGAUGAAGCCACAUGAAUCAGCUGACUAUAAUCUAGAAACCCUUACAGGAUAUCGGUUGAGAACACCUCCGAUGUAGGAUUCUGAAUGAUCCUUAGGAAUGUAUAUGAUGCGAAGCAGCAGGAGCGCCAGACUCUACUCAGAUCUUUGUUUUUCGUUCCUUUCAAAAUAUCACCAGAAUCACAAAAUUGCUAUCAUCAACUACAACUACAGGAAUGCACACCCGCAUGCGUUCCGCAGGAUCCGUACUAUAGCGUAUUCGAGGAUGAGGACGAGGAUGCUAUUCUGGGUUGGCUGACGCAGACAGUGUUACCAGGGUGGGGAAAUAUGCCUGACGAGGAAAAAAUUUUUUGGAUUAUCAUGGUGAGUACCGUGAUUUUUGUUUGCUGCGGCGGAUGCAGCGGAGGCUCUAGACGGGUUUCAGCGGAGGCGAAGGAAAUGAAAGUCGGGCAUCAGUUGACCGGUGCCUUCAAGGCUUCUCGGCAUUCAGACCACCACGAACCGCUUUCGGAUGACGAGGCAAGGCAGAAAAAACACCAUCAUCACAAGAAAAAUUAAGGAAAGAGACUAUUCGUCGUAUACUAUAAGAGCAAAAACUUUUCAUUGAUUACAUUAGACUUAAAUAUUCCUGAUAGAUUUUGAUCCAAGACUCUCUCACCAUUUAAUGACAUUCUUCGUUCAACAGGUGCAGGUGAUUAGACGGCAAUUGAUGUAGCGCAAGAUAAAAAUAUCAAGAAUUUGAGGAGGACCCGAGUGGUCGGAGCUAGGAGCAGGACGAACAACAGCGACCAGGAACUUCUAAGUAGGGGAAGCCGAGAGAGCUGUUGAGCCAUAG